AUGGUUGUAUGCUACAUGGUGGUUACGCCGAAUCCAUAUGUUGAAAACCACCUCGCACCAGUGCAGUAUCUCAACGUCCAGACAUACGAUUAUAAUAUCGAGUCCAAACAGCCCGGGAAAUGGCUGGAAUGGAUCCACAUCAAGGUGACGGGCGGGAUGGAAGUGUACCAACGCACAGAGUGGCACGAACUGCAAGUAAAACUGGAGGAAGAUGCCGAGGAAUUGAGGAAUGCCCUAUGCAGAAUGCAGGGUCUGUUUCCGUACUGGAAUCGGUGGGAGGAGUACGCUGAGUCGGAUGAUGCGACAACUGAGUUUGAGAAUUUGGUGGAUGGGACUUGGUCGUUUAAUCAUGAUGAAGCGAUUGCUCAGUUCGUGAGCUGA